AUGGAGAACGUGAGUGGAAGCGUGAUCUUGAGCAUCCCAAUUAUCGAUAUGCAAAAGUUUCCAGAUGAAGAGGAGUACAAGAAGCUAAGAGAGGCAUGUGAUGAAUGGGGAUGUUUCAGAGUGAUGAACCAUAGCUUACCCAAGAACUUAAUGGAGGAGAUGAAGAAGGUGGUAACGUGUCUGUAUGAACGUCCAAGAGAGAUCAAAAAGCGCAACGUUGAUACUGUUAUUGGAAGUGGCUAUACCUAUUUUCCUUUACAUCCAGUCUUUGAAAAUAUGGGUUUCCAUGACUUUGGAUCCUCUCUUGACAUCGAUAACUUUUGCUCUCAACUGGAUGCCUCCCCUCAUGAUAAGAAGAUAAUCAGCGCAUAUGGGGAAGCAGUUCAGGAACUAGCGGUAGAUAUAGCCAGAAAGAUAAAGGAGUGUGUUGUGGGGUUAUCAGAAGCCAUGGAUUUUCAAGACUGGCGAUGCAAUUGCAAGAUGAACAAAUACAGUUUUACCCCUGAGACUGUAGGGCACGUAGGUAUCCAUGAGCACACUGAUCCGGGGUUUCUCUCAGUUGUUCAAGAUGAUGACCUUGUGGAUGGUCUUGAAGUCUUGCACCCUCCCUCUGGUUCCUUUGUUCCAGUCCCUCCCUUAUCUGGAACCUUUGUUAUUAAUCUUGGGGAUGCUGCUCAUGUGUGGAGCAACGGAAGGUUUCCAGAUGUGAUUCAUCGUGUGCAAUGCAAGGAAGGAAGGACUAGAAUUUCAAUAGUGACAAGUUUGCAAGCACCAAGGCAUGGAGAUGUUGAAGUUGCAAAAGAGUUUGUGGACAGUGACCACCCACCUCUCUUCAUGCCUUUCAAUUUCGAACGUUACAUAGAGUCUCGAUGGACCAAAAACAUCAGAAAUGGUGAAGCCCUUGACUUGUUGCGUGUGGAUCGCCCCUCAAAUACUGUUUCAGCAUGA